AUGCCCCUCCUGUGGAUCCUCUGGGCUCUGUGGCUCUGCGGACGUGUGCACAGCAACUCUCUACCCUCUGUCCAGGACCACAGCCUUUCUACUGGAACGCAAAGAGACCAGGACCACAGUUCUUCUUCUGGCGCACAUGGGGAUCAGGACGACAACCCCCCUCCUGGAGCUGACAGGGACCAGAACCACGCUUCCCCUCCUGAAACUCAAAGAGACCAGGACCACAGCCCCGCUCCUGGAACUCACAGGAGCCGUACCAGACGCUCCAUUACCCAAAGUGAGAUGCUGGCCAUACUGGACUACCACAACCAGGUGCGGGCGCAUGUCUACCCCCCUGCCGCCAACAUGGAGCUCAUGCAGUGGGACACAGAGCUGGCUCAGUGGGCGGAGGUGUGGGCGGCCUCGUGUCAGUGGGAGCAUGGCCCCGCCCACAUGCUCUCCUUCUUUGGGCAGAACCUGUCUGUGAGAACCGGAGGAUACCAGUCUGUGCUGCAGCUGCUCACGCCCUGGUUUGAGGAGGUUUUCUACUAUGUGUUUCCGUAUCCAAAUAUGUGCCGCCCCCUCUGCCCCCUCACCUGCUACGCCCCCAUGUGCACCCACUACACACAGAUGGUGUGGGCGAGCACGAGCAGAGUGGGCUGUGCCCUGCACACCUGCUCAAACAUGUCUGUGUGGGGCGCUGUGUGGAGAGACGCCGCCUUCCUCGUGUGCAACUACUCCCCCAAAGGGAACUGGAUCGGCGAGGCCCCGUACAGAGUGGGCGUGCCCUGCUCCAUGUGUCCCAGCACCUACAGGGGGCGCUGCAGUAACAACCUGUGUGUGCCAGAGCCACAGUCCAACUACGUCACCUGGUUCAAGUGA